UCGAAACCCCAAAUUCGGACUCCGCGUCUCUUCUCCAUUUUGCGAGGCAGAUCGACUUCGAUUCCUAUGGCCUUCCAAGCCGCUACCUCCACUUUCUGCUAUGCGAACCCGUCCCUCCACGGCGCCUCGCAGGGAAGGAGGAUGCCGGCGCCUUCGGCGGCAGCGUUCCGCCAUCUCUCCGCCGGUUUCAUGUCGGGAUUGAACGUGUCCUUCGUAGGAAUCCUCAAUUCCGCUCCCAGAACCUCCUGUUUUUUGACGAAACUGAGGAGGACUCCUGGCGUCGCUUAUGCCGCCGCUGUCACUGAGAAGAGCGUACACGAUUUCACCGUGAAGGAUAUUGAUGGGAAGGAUGUUUCUCUCAAUAAAUUCAAAGGCAAAGUUCUAUUGAUAGUUAAUGUUGCUUCUAAAUGUGGGUUGACAUCGUCCAAUUACACUGAGCUUUCUCACAUUCACGAGAAGUACAAGGCACAAGGUUUUGAAAUCUUGGCUUUCCCCUGCAAUCAAUUUGGAGGGCAAGAACCUGGAUCAAACUCAGAAAUCAAGAAUUUUGCAUGCACAAGGUUCAAAGCAGACUUUCCUAUAUUUGAUAAGGUUGAUGUUAAUGGACCUGAUACGGCACCAAUUUAUCGAUUUCUCAAAUCCAGUGCUGGAGGAUUUCUGGGUGAUCUUAUAAAGUGGAACUUUGAAAAAUUCUUGGUAGAUAAGAAUGGAAAAGUUGUUGAAAGAUAUCCACCCACAACUUCCCCUUUCCAGAUUGAGAAGGAUAUCAAGAAAUUGCUUGCAGCAUGAGCAUAAGAAUAAUGUGAGUUAGAGGACCAGACCCGGAUUCCUGAAGACAAACCUUUUUCUCUUUGACAUCGAGUUUUAAACUUUUAAUAUUCUUAGUGAUUCUGUAGUCUUAAGUUCCUAAAUCCAACUUUUUAUUGUAGAUAAGUGAUUCUCUAGUUUAAGAGAAUAAAAGCCUACUCUUUAUUGCA